AUGGCAACCAGCAAACUUACCCAAGAGCCAAUUCUCCUGGUUGUCGAUUUCCAUCAUGCAAGAGGCCCUGAGGUAGAGCUAUCCUUCUGCGAGGAUGGUACCGAUCCCGUUGGCGAGAAUGACUGGUCAUUAUUGCCGUUUAUGGCAUUGUCUGACGGUGCACAUGCCUCUAUGGAAGAUUUCUCAUAUUUCACCCUCCAACGUAAUGCGACGACGACGGCACCACCGAAGUCGCUUUUUGGGAUAUCGUGUACGAGGCAGAUUGAUUCUAGCUCAUUGAUAAAUAGACCGCCCGAGGUGACCAGGUCGACGGUGCAAAAGGCUGUGGUUAUUAUAAUUGAUGAGCCGAAGCGCUUCGGUCAGUUGAGGGAGAAGUUGUCGAUGGUGACUUCAGCAUGGUUUGCGCAACGAGACUUCUCAGAUACAGAUAUCCUGAAGAAAUUCUGGGAAAGCCUCAGGGUCAGCCUAAAUAAUGAGGCACAAAAAGAUCAUCAUCUUGGUCUGUCGUUACGAGCAAUGAUUCAUGAAUUUAAGCACCAGACCCUAGUUUUAUUCAAAUGUCUUUUAUUACAACCGAAGAUGUUAUUUUUUGGCACUCGGUGUGAGCGGUUAUGCAUGAUACAGUUUUCUCUUAUUUCAUUGAUACCCGGCCUUCUAGACCACCUCGAGGAUUGCGCAGAUCCGUCCUUUGAUAAUUACUCACAGACCGUGGAAAAACCAACUUCUCUCAAAACAAGCGAAAGGAGCUCAUUACUUGCUUAUAUGGGUCUACCUCUUCAGAUUUUCGGCAAGGGCAGCAUGUUCGGGCCCUACACGCCGUUACAACAGCUCGACCUUCUUGCUGAUUAUGGAACAAAGUCAUACCUCGUCGGCUCGACAAACUCGCUUCUUUUACAGCAAAAGGAUAGAUAUAGCGAUAUCCUAAUCAAUCUCGAUGAGGAUAAUAUUACAAUAUCGUCACCAUCCCUCCGAUCCGCCUUAUCGCUUACCGCUGCUGACAGGCGAUGGAUCGAUUUCCUGACACAAACCAUUAACGAAACCUGGGAUGAAGCCCAUCCCGAUCGGCCUAAAACCCAUGGAUACUUAGGAUCUGAAGAGUUUAUCCGUCUUCAAUUCGAAGAAUAUCUCCUCGCCUUAUUAUCCUCUAUGAAGUAUCAUGAGCAGGUUGCCAGUCAAGUCUCUCUCGGUUCACCAAAAGAUGGACCAAAAUCUCCGGGAUUCCAAUCACAGGCAACAGAUAUUGAGGGCGAUCCUGCCUUGGAUUUUAACAUUGAAUUUUUGGAGCGGUGGCAAACAACUUCUAAUUAUGCUCUGUUUAAUCGACUCACUUCAGAUGCCUUGCUGUACUCGAUCGUGGAGCCUCGCCAUCCCUGUGCUGGCGGGUUAGGAAUUGAAGAUAUUCAACGUCGUCUCGCGCAACAAAUGUCUGACCUGCACCUUGACGAACGCAUGCGCGAAGGCCGUGAGGCGUUAAAUAAGCAUUUAGCAACCGGGCAAAAGAAGGUAACAGCUGCCUUCAAUAGCCUUUGGGCUGACAUUGAAGCAAUACGAGAGGCUCAACGAAAGAAGAAUGAAGAAAAGACCCAAAACCAACAGCAAAUGUCACCAGAGAACCAAAAGCAACUAGACAACGAGGCAUCACCACGGCCGUCUCUAUCAUCAAUUCGCUCCCCCACGACUAGUUCCUGGGGCUUCGCUUCCCGAAAACCAAAUACAGCCGACUUUUCCCAAGCUCAAGCAACUGUCGCUGCGGCAGGACAACGUGCUUCUGCUUAUUUUAGCUCAUGGAGCUCAUGGGCCAACGAGCGACGGAAGGAAUGGCAAGAAAAGAAAGCCAAUACGGACAGUCACGCAAACAGUGUCGUCACGUCUCCCGCGGGAACUCCUAGAGCGUCUACCUCAAUGAAUAACCCUCCUGACAUUACUGACCCGAUCGAACUUAGUAAUAUGGCGCGGCAGGGUUCGCGAACAAGCAAUGACAGCGGUCCAGGAUUGAGUAGAAGUAGUAGUACGAGAAAAAGAUGGAGUAAUGUUUUGAGGAAACAUGAUAGUCGCGAUUCUAUAUCCAGCACAAAAGGGCUCCCAAAGAAUGAAACUGAACCUCCAUCGUCACCGCUCUCGGAUUCUUUAGCUAAACCGCAGGACGUUUCUAUCGCCAAUCCGGACAAGGCACCGCUUUCAUCUGAAUCGCUCAAUCGUUCUACGAUUACUAGUGGUGAACACUCAUUAUCCCAACCCGAAAACCGGCAAUCUCCAGAAGAACCACAAGAAGCCCCGACACCUGUUCUUCAACCGUCGGACAAACUACAGUCUCCUCAUUCCCGGAACGAGGAGCCAGCCAUUUCGCCCUUGGUACUCGACGACGAGAAUCCCAAUGAUGCCCUUACCAACGUUGAUCUUUCAUCAUCUCCCCAGGGUGCUAUGGCUACCAAGAAUGAAACUUCCCAAAAAGAGUAAUCGGCUGGUAUAUGAAAAACGUUAUCUUGAUGUCAGAAGACAUAAUAGACAAAUGUGUGAAUUUGAUAUGAAUGUACCGUACGAGCUAGCGUUGAAUGUUACAGGAAGCAUUCUAUAUGU